AUGAAAUUUGCCAAGACACUAGAGCGUGAAUUAAGGAGAGACAUUCCUGAGGAAUGGGUAGAAGCAGCAAUCCAAUAUAAGGCUCUUAAGAAAUGUAUAAAUAAAGUCGUUGACGAGUUACAAUUUUUGGGAUUGGAACAAAAUAAAUUGAAAUUGUUACUCAAUGAUAAGGUUGUUGAUGUUGGGAGUAAAAAUGAUGCAACAAAUGCGCCAAAUCCAAUAAUCGCAGAAUAUACUUUAACCAAGGUUUCACCCGGGAGCCACCUUGUAAAGCCAAUACUCAAGAUUACUUUGGAUUUUAGUAACGAGAAUUUGUCAGAUGAUAGUAUCACCAAAACGUGCAAUGAGGUAAAACAAAAGAUUGAAAGCUUGCUUGGUGUUGGUGAUAGCAGUUCAGGAGAUGAGGAGAAAAUCGUGGAAUUGAUAGAAGAUGGCGGAGAGUUGAAGUUGGUUUCAAGUAGAGAAGGAUCAUUGUCACCACCUGUACAGCCAACGUCUCCUCCACUACCAGUAUCGUCCAUGGCAGAGACAGAAAAUGAAGUGAAAAAUGUGAUAGAUAAACUAGUAUUGCUGGACACAAGCCACAAGAAACGCGAGAUUUAUAUUGUAUUAAAUUCUGAUGGCAAAUUCUUCCAAAUGUUGGAAGAAGAGUUGGAAGCUUUGGAGGAUCUAACAAAGAAUGAAGAGUCUAAGAUUAUGGAUGAAGUAAAAGCAAUUGCAGGCUUGGUUACCAAUUUCACAGACAAAAGAUCAGAGCUCUACAAAUGGAGAGAGCUUUUCAAAAUAUAUCUCGAUUCAGAGGUUUACUUCAGAUAUAAUGAUCAAGAUCGAGAACCGAGAAAUGAAGAAGAUAUCAAACUUCAUUUGGAACAAUUCUUGAAAAACGUUGAUAAAUCCGGUAUACUCACACAGUUUAAAAAGAAAAAUAGUAUUGCUGCUUUUAAUCAGUUUGUGGCCAUGAAUUUCCACCUACUCAAAAUGAUGGAGUUCCAAACAAUAAACACAGAAGCUAUUCGAAAGAUUCUCAAAAAGUUUGAUAAACAAACUUCUUUAGGUAUACAAAACAUUUACUCGAAACUAAUUUUGCCCGAUUUCAUUUUUGUUGGUGGUAAGUCGCUAGCACAAUCAAUAUGCUAUGUUAUCCAGGAUUCGGUAUUACUGCUCGUUCCACAGAUCGAUGAUUAUUCGUGUCCGAUAUUCAAAAUGAAGCAAGAGGAUAAAACUAGCUGCCCCAUGUGUCGUCGAAAAGGAGCUAUACUUGAAGCAGAUUCAAGUAAUUUGGAUUUGAAGUCUAUGGAAUUGAUGAAGAAAUACUUUCCUGUUGAGGUGAGAGAGAAAAUAAGAGAUAGAGAUAAGGAGAGAUACAAUGAAAUAAUAGGCAGCAGCGAUAAAUGUGCUAUUAUGUAA